CAUCAAAACCAAAUAAACCAUGACAUCAUUCCAUCUCCGUCUACAGGCUGGUAGAAGUAGAAGGUGCGCGGAUUAAACAAUAGUUACCUAUACGCGGACAACUCUUACGUAAACGUUCACAGUGGCCAUUUAACUUUUAAAGUUGGAUGUCGCAGUAACGGACUGAACCGUUUAUAGUUCGCGCGUUUUUUUUUCAAAACCAAAUAAUAAAAAAUGUUGAACAUUGCGCUCGGCACCGUUUUCGUGCUUUUCGGAUUUACCGUGUACGAGGCAUAUGCCUUACAAUGUUGGGCGUGUUCCAGCGACAUAGACAGGAGUUGCGCGGAUAUUUUCAAUAGUACGGACCUGCUGAGGUUCGGCGGGGGAUACUACCAGGGGUACCAAUCUGGGGGACAGUACAACCCCCAGCCGUACGACCCUUACAACCAAAGACCUUACGAUAACAGGGAUUCGAGAAACCGCGACUUCAACAGUCGAGACCCCAACGGCCGCGAUCCCUAUUACGACAGUAGGGACCGGCAGGGGGGUCAGUACAACAACAACAACAGGGACUAUAACAGGGACUACAACGGCAGGGACGGUAACAGGGACCCUUAUUUUGAUCGGGAUCAUCGUGACCCAUACAAUGCGGACCCCAAUAAUCGUAAUUAUAAUCCGUCGUCCGGUAGGGAUUACGGCAGGGAUCAGUACAACCAGCAGCAGGGCCGGAGCUACGACCCCAAUUAUCCGGCGAGGGACGUGGGGUAUCAGAGGGUGCAGGCGCAGGCGCAGCUCGCCGCCAGCCAAUCGGGACCCCGUUUGGUCACGUGUAACGAGGAGGAGGCGAGACUGAGGAGGAUGAGGAACGUGUGCAUCAAGAAGGUGCAAAAAAUUGGCGACUACCAAUUAACGUACAUCAGACGUUGCGAGAUGAUCCCGUUGGAGAAACCGGUGGGCACCUGUUACGACGCAGUAGCACGCGGAAUUUCCCUGGAUUUCUGCGAGUAUUGUGAAUACGACGGCUGCAAUUCAGCACCGGGGAUGAAAUUUAAAGGAAUAUUCGUCCCGAUUAUCCUGGUAGUUUUAUGGCAGUUUUUCAUGUAAAAUUAACGGUUUUUUUUUGGUGGGUAAGUAUAGUGCGUGCAACACUAUAUCGUUGGAUUGGACGUACUAUACGCGUGAGUUUUCCCGAGGGGAAAGUGGGCCAUAGGGAUCGUAUUGCCUAAAACAAAUUGGGUUACCUAAGGGUGAAUACCCUUUUCAGGGAUUUGGUCUAGUUUUUUUGUAAAAAAACACGUUAUUGUUUCCGUCCUGGAUGUAAAAAUACCAUAAAAUAUAUAGAAUCUCAUAGAGUAUAUAGGGUUAGUUAGUUUUUAACGUUUGGUGUUCUAUUUAAAUUUUAGAGUCUAUUUAUAGGUUUAAUGUACUUAUAGGGUUAAAAAAAAGCAAAAAUUAGUUAUGUAAGUCUUGACGAGAAUUAUUGUUGUGAUUAAAAAUGUUUUAUUUAAAAAAAAAAUAUGUAGCUUCAUGUACGAAUUUGAAAUAAAAAUGUUUAAUAAAUUA